AUGUAUUCACAAUACGACAUAGAAUAUGAAUAUGUUACAUGUACCAAAGGAUAUACGUUCAUAAUAUAUUCUCCAAAUUUAUUUGAAAAUGUAAAUGCAAAAAAAAGUGAUUCUACAUCACCAUAUACUGAGAAUAAUAAGGAUGAUGAAGAAGAAGAAGAGCAACAACAAGACGAUAUAAAUAAUGAAAAUAUUAUUGUUUUAUUUUUACAUGGAUUAAACGGAAAUAGUUAUCAAUUUGAAAACGUCUUUUAUACAUUAAUACAUUUUAACUAUAAAUUUAUAUCACUAGAUUUUUAUGGGCAUGGGAAUAGUAGUCUCUUACGAAACGUUAAUAAAUUUACAGAAAAAUUAUUCAUAGAACAAAUAUAUGAUGUUUUAAAAAAAAAAAAUAUAUUUAAUUCUAAUUUUGUUGUUAUUGGAUUUUCUAUGGGUUGUAUUAUAGCAGCACAUUUAUCUGUCGAUAAUAAACUAAAGAUAAAAAAGUACUGCUUAAUAAGCGCAGCCGGACUAGCCAAACCAAGGCAUCGAUUUUUACAUUUUUUAUUAAAACAUAACAUUCGUCUUUGUCUACGAGUCGCAAAAAGAUAUAGUUAUUUAUUUGUAAAUGAAGAAGCAUUUAAAAAUGAAUAUAAUGAUAUUCAGAACAAUGCUUAUUAUAGUCAUAACAGAUAUUCUGUUCUAAAAGAAAAUCAUGAAAAAUUUAUAGAGACAUUCUUAAAAGUUCUGACUGGGACAAAAAUACAAGAUUCUAAAAAAUAUUAUAGCGCCUUCUUGAAAAAAAAUUCAGACGUUCUCUUCAUUUAUGGAAGAGAUGAUGAUGUUACACCUUAUGCUUAUACAAUAAAAUUUUUAGAAAAACAAAAAAAAUAUAUAAAUAAUGUUAAACUAAUAAUAUUUCCUGAAUGCUCACAUCUUGUAUUAACAGAAAAAUCAUAUGAAUUAGUUCAACAUAUUAUUUAUUUUUUACAAAAUAAAUAUAUAUAUAAUGUAGAAAAAAAUAGUGACGAUAUAUAA